AUGUCGUCUACCAAUGACCCAGAUCGGGGCCCUGCCGUGUUCGCUGUGACCACAGCCACUCUCGUCCUGGCUACCUGCUUCGUCGCCGCGAGACUCGCCUGUCGCGUUGGCAUUGUGCGACACAUCAGCUGGGAUGAUUACUUCAUCGUAACCGCAUGGAUCCUUGCUGUCGCCCUCAGCUUUACCAUUGAUCUCAGCACCAGGAAGGGUUUGGGCCGGCACGACGAGAACAUUGCCGCUGAGGACUGGAAUACACUCCGGCGUUGCGAAUAUGUCUUCUCGGUUCUAUAUAAUCCAGCUUUAAUGGCCUUCAAGACGUCGAUACUCGUUUUCUACCUCCGCCUCUCCAAGGACACCCAGAAGGUGCUGCGGCUGUCGUCUUGGGGUGUCCUGGCGGUGGUCAACGUCGCUGGUCUGGUUCUGACUCUGAUCAACAUCUUCCAAUGCAGCCCAGUCCAGGCCGCCUUCAACCCUUACCAUUCCACGGCCUAUUGCAUCCCGCUGUUGACCGAGUACAUUUGUUCUGCUCCGAUCAACAUCGUCACUGAUCUGGCCAUACUCGCCUUGCCGCUUCCCGUGCUGACAGGCAUGAGGUUGCCACUGAAGCAGAAGGUCAUCCUGAUUAUCACCUUUGCGCUAGCUAUCUUUGUUACCAUCGUGGAUGUCAUCCGCAUCUAUUACCUUCAGCAGGCCAUCACCCAGGUCUCCCCGAUUGUGUCGAAAGACCCUGCCGCCACAUUUGGCGAUUCGCCGCAAUUCGCCUGGAACGCCUCGCUCUCGCUUAUGUGGUCUGCUGUCGAAGUCAACGUGGGUAUCACUUGUGCCUGCAUUCCGACUUUGAAACCGUUAAUCAUUCGUAUCCUUCCGGCUAUGCUCAUCGAUCCCGACGGAACCCGAAGAGGCUCCGACACGGUGGACAAGCCGCCGACCUCCCAACUUUCAGACGGACCUCAAAGUUCUGAUAACGGGCAGGAUAUUCACACCAUCACUCAACGGGAGCCUACUCGCCCUGGACCGGCUCAUGCGGCGGAUGACGACAUCGAUGCUCAGAUUGCGGCCAUGGAAUUCCUCACCACACCGGCGGAUAUGGCCGGUUCCGGGCUCAGAAGGACUCGCACCGCACUGACGACCGUUACCACCAACUCGAAUGGGGUCGAAGCUUCGGGAGUCUACUUCGGCUUCGUUAACAUGCGCAAGCCGAAGAGCAUGAUCAGGACCUCGACGCGAGACUCGUUCAAGUAUUGCACCUUGGUCACGAUCCUAUUCGUGCUCUGGGGCUUCUCAUACGGUCUUCUCAAUACCCUUUCGAAUGUGGUCGCGACGAUCUCGGGCAUGACCGUCCCGCAGACGUUAGGUCUGACAAGCAUUUACUUUGGUGCCGGGUAUUUUUUCGGGCCCCUUCUUUUCGGAGAAUGGAUAUUGCGCCACGAUGAGCAUGGGAGACUGGGAAAGAGGGAGAAAGCAAAGCACGCCGAGGACAAGAUAGGUGGCUUCAAGGCAACAUUCAUCAUAGGGCUAUGCAUAUAUGCUGUGGGCACGAUAAUGUUCUGGCCGAGUGCUGUUCUCACCUCAUUCGCUGGGUUUAUGAUCUGCAACUUCGUCGUUGGGUUCGGCCUCGCUGUCCUAGAGACCGCAGCGAACCCAUUCCUGGCCCUCUGCGGACCUCUCGACUACGCAGAAAUGAGGUUACUCUUAGCUCAAGGGAUCCAAGCUGUCUCCUCCGUCGUGAGUGGAUUACUAGCGCAGAAGGUCUUCUUCGUCGACCUCAGUGCACACGGUUCUGACACUUCGAUGACGCUUAUCGACGUCCAAUGGACAUAUUUGGCCAUCACGCUCUCCUGCGUGGCACUCGCACUGUUCUUCUAUUACAUGCCUUUACCAGAGGUCACUGAUGCUGAACUGGAAAACUCCACACGGUAUCUCCCAGUCGAUCCCAAGAAGCGUAGCUUUGGAGGGUUGCAACUGCGAACUUGGACCUUGGCGCUGGCUGUUCUCGCUCAGUGGACCUACGUCGCGAGCCAGGAAAGCAUGAGCAUCUUCUUUGGAGCCAUUCUCACAUCAGUCGCAAGGGUUUCUACCUCUAUAAUGACUAGAGAUAACACCAGAACAACAGACCAUGCGACGGAAGACUUGGUAGAUCACCCGGAUGGUCUUGCGAUGUCUAUCUCGGACUACCUUCUCAUAGCUCACAGUGCUUUCGCCAUUUCCCGUUUCCUCGCAGCUUAUAUCGCCUAUCUUUCGCCUUCUCAUCCCAAGGUUCCCCAGCCACAUACUAUCUUGACAAUCUGUACAGGAUGCAGCAUUGCCUGUGGUGUUGUACUCGCAGCUCUCCGUACAAGCAACUCAAACUUUCUCGCCAUUCCGGCGAUACUUUUCUUCUUUUUUGAGGGCCCUAUAUGGCCCCUCAUCUUCGCGCUUGGACUCCGAGGACAAGGUAGACGGACCAAACGGGCAGCAGCUUAUAUCACAAUGGGAGCCUCGGGGCCCGCCUUCUGGCCCUUCGUUAUGUACGAGAUUAACCAGAAAGGGGGUAGCUACCAGACGGCAUUCAUCGUAGUGCCUGCUCUUCUCGUCAUUACUGGCUUGUUCUCUCUCUUCCUAGAUUUCAAGCGAAAUGCUAGGAUGCUGGUCGAUGCCCGGGUCGGUGCCGAGCAACAGUCGCGGAUACAAGACCGCGCAAAUCGCGAGAUGGACCUGGACGAUAUCAUUGCGGCAAGAAGAAGGGCCUCACUAAGCGGACAGUCGGACCAUCACGAAAGAGGGAGUUUCGUCAAAAGAUUUUCGGUUGCCUUGGGCAAAGGCAGGAACAGCCCGGAACGGGUCACUAACGAACACCGGGAGUCAAAGAGGAGCGGUUCCGGGUGA